CAAAGGGAAAUGUGGACCAUUCCCGGAAACCUAAAGCGCGUCCUCAUUAGUAUCGGCUUCAUGAUUUGCCAGCAGAUGACGGGAACGAACGCCAUUAACUACUACGCGCCCCAGGUUUUCGAGAAUGUCGGUAUAACCGGUAACCAGAAUAGCCUGCUCGCCACUGGUGUCUACGGUAUCAUCAAGGUCCUCGGCGUCAUCUUUUUCCUCCUCUUCAUGGCAGAUUCACUUGGCCGCCGAAAAUCCCUGCUGUACACAUCGGUGAUCAUGGUCGUCUGGAUGUUCUACAUCGGCUUCUACAUCCACUUUGACCCGCCCAAGGCAGAGAAAGUUAUCCCUCCCGCUGGCUACGCCGCCCUUACUUUCAUCUUUUUCUUUGCUGUUUCCUUCGAGGUUGGAUGGGGACCCGUUUGCUGGAUCUACAUUUCUGAGAUCCCGUCCGCGAGGUUGCGGUCCAUGAAUGUGGCUAUAGCGGCGACACAAUGGCUCUUCAAUUUUGUGGUUGCCAAAAGCGUGCUGACUAUGUUGGUGACAGUUGGGGCAAACGGUUACGGGACUUACUUCAUAUUUGGCUCCUUCUGCGCCGUCAUGUUCGUCUUCACAUGGUUCUUCGUCCCUGAGACCAAGGGCAUCUGGAGCGAAUGGACAACCUCUUCGGUGUGACACGACUUGUAGAGGAGAAGACGGAGAGGGAAGAAAUACCGCCUCAGAAUGACUCGACCCAUAAAGAUAUAUCAGCGACGAAUAGUGAGAAGGUUGAAACUACCUAAGGAUUGUGGUUGAGCGGAAUUUAUUUAGGCGGGCUGUGUGCAAUGUGUGGGGACAUGAGAGCACAGGACAGUGUCAAACCAUGAAG